GUUCAGAGUAUGGGAGAUGGGACGGACUGAUUGCACCAUACCAGGUGUUGAAGAGGGGUGAGAGGGGGACCUGGAUAGAUUAGCAACCAAAGCAGACAUCUCUUUCUCUCCACACCAGCAAUGUGUGCUAACUAGUAUCCGUCUGGAAGUGUUUUGUCCACAGUGAUCCACACAGUUUUGGGAAACAGCAGCCGCGACAGUGAGUGUGACCGUGGGGGCAGGCAAACUAUAAUGGAGAUGGAGCCACUCACAGUACUUCUCUGGGGUCAUGAAUUGUGUCCUCCCCUCACCUUUGUGUAAUCUGACCACCUGGAUUUCAGCCCCACCCUCACCUAUGCCUGCAGGACCAUGGGUAGUGUCAGCAGCCUCGUCAACGGGAACAGCCUUAACAGCAAACACUGCAAGGCGUCUGAACAUAGGUUAAGAAAGGGAACAAAUUCUCAUAGAAAGAGUGGAGGCUGCAGCCUUGACGAGCUACUGAGGUGCGGCUUCUCUCAGGGCUCCUCGUCCACCUCUCAUCCCUCAAAAGGCCUGUCCCACUCCCGGUCAGGGCGGAGUGAAGAUUUUUUUUACAUCAAGGUGAGCCAUAAACCAAGGUCAGUGUACCACAGAGGAGGACCAAUGGAAGAUCAUGCAGGAGGAAAGAACAGAGAAGGGGAAUCAGAUGGGCGACUGCAACCAAAACUGCUGCUCAUGUCAGGAAAAAUGACUGAGAGGACCUCUGCUGAGAAGUCAUUGGUCCGUUCUACUGCCUUCAAGCCUGUGAUUCCCAGGAGUACAUCCUCCUCAGACACAGGCCACAACAGCCUGGACCACAUUCUUUGUCCUCCGGAGAAAGCAAGGAGUCCAGACAUUAGACACAAGCAAGACACCUUCUCAGGAACUCUCUCUGACUCUGGACGCAACUCUAUGUCUAGCCUGCCCACCCACAGCACCAGCGGCAGCCUAAGUGCUUCCACAGGCCCUGUCAGUCACAGUGAUGGCACCUCAGCUCCCGCAAACAGCCUCAGCAAGGGAGUGCAACCCAAUUUCCCUCCAUGGGUCAAUGGGAAUAGCACUAACCUUGACUGUAGCUACAGGGCUGGUUUAAACAGCGAAGGGUUGGCAUCAAAGGCUAAUGGGGAUGCUGGCUCCCCACUUUCUGCAGAUGAGCCAAGCGCUCUCUCUGAAACUGCAGGUGGGAUUCGGUCCCCCAUUACUACAGAUGAGUCACUGAUUGAACGUUUGGAACAAAGGCUGAUGGAGAGAGAGACUGAACUGCAGGAGCUACAGGUGAGUUUUGAAGACAAGGAAGCAGACACCUGCCGGCUGUUUGAGGAAAGACAAAGGUACUGUGCUGAUGAGAUGGAGGGGCUGAAGCAGCGAUGUUCCACAAAGCUACGGCAAGUGUCCCAAAUGGCUGUAAAAACCCAACAAGCACUCCAACUGCAGGUCAGCCAGCUCCAGGCAGAGAAGGAGAGGCUUCAGGACGAUGUCUCAAACCUUACCCGAGAAAAGGAUCUUGUUGAGCUCAGGCUGCGGUCUUACGCGACAGAGAGUUCACAACUCGCUCCGACACUUGAGGAAACUCAAUGGGAGGUGUGCCAAAAGACAGGGGAGAUCUCACUGUUGAAGCAGCAACUGAGAGACUGCCAGGCAGACGUCAGCCACAAGCUGAACGAGAUAGUCAGCCUCAGGACGUCACUGAAGGAGAACACAGCAAAGAUGGAGAUGCUCGAGAGACAGAAUAAAGACCACAAGGACAAACUUCACUCCCGCACCAUAGAGGUUGAGGUUUGCCAAAAUGAACUCCAGCGCAAGAAGAAUGAGGCUGAUUUGCUGAGAGAGAAGGUGGGCAAACUGGAGACAGACAUUCAGGGAAUGAAACAGGAUCUGGCUAUGGCCAAAGAGCGGAGGCUGCAGCACAGUUUGCAACUUGAGGCCCAUGCCCAGACUGAGGCCUUGGGAAGGCUAAUCCAAGGCUCAGACUCCCUCGCCCAGGGCCAGGCGGAGGAGAACAGUGGACACAUCACCACAGAAUCACUCCAGAGAGAAGUGGAUAGACUGAAGCGGCAGCUCGGGGAGGAGAAGGAGGCACAGGAGAGGCUGACUAACAGCUUUGAGCAAGAGAGGCAAACAUGGAACAAGGAGAAAGACAGGGUCAUCAGGUACCAGAAGCAGCUCCAGAUCAAUUACAUGCAGGUGCACAAGAAGAACCAGGACCUGGAGAGGAUCCUAAAGGAGCUGACCGCUGAACUGGAGAGCCGGACAGAGCUUGGCAUGGACAUCACAUACACCUCAGGGUUACAAACAUAUGAUGACAUUAUUGCCACAGAGAUUUGAUGGGAGCACUCACACACGUUCAGCAAAAGUGAACUCGGCACUUGACUAUUUUUUCACCACAGAUAUUUAUGAUACUAUAACAGCUGGAGAGCAGUGUUUUACAAGGGUUAUUUAAUAGAGCAAUCUAGGAUAUCUUAGUCACACAAAAAAUAUAACAUUAAAAAAGGCUUUUUGUGAUGACACUGUUAGUACUUGUUUAAAACUAAAUGCUAAGUUAUUUAAUGCUCAAAUGAGAAUUUUAUUUUAUUAUUAUUAUUAUUUUAUUUCAUUUUUUACCAUGCUGUCUAACAGGACCACUCAUAGUUCAACUUGUGCACAAUAUUGUAGUUUAAACGCCAUUUAUUACUUGUUGGUUGACAGCUGAUUUAUCUAUUUCAUGAUUAAUGUCUGAUGGUAACACAUGAUAAGCAUGAUAGUGGCUUAACAUCUGUCCCUUCCAGCAUGGCAACUGACAGUGAUGUAUCAUCUGUUGUGAGUCUGGGUUCCUGAACCUUAUUAGACUUUGCCUUGCGUAUCCACGUUACUGUAUGCUCCUGCACUCUUCACUCAUAGAGGGUUUGUGCAUGGAAAACGGUUUGUAACCAUUUGAUGAGUCAUUUAAAACAAUACACAGGUCUUACGAUGUAAAUAUUUAUUAUAUCCACACCACUGUAAAAAGUGUUUUGCACUUCAAAAUACAUGUUAAAACCAU